GAGAGAGAGAGAGAGAGACGAAGGUGGAGAGAAAGCUGAAGAAGAUGCAACUACUCUGCCACAGCAUCCUGGCAGAGCGCUGAGCUGAGGGAUGCAAGAGGUGCCCACACAUGAGCUCUUAUUUUUGUCUUUUAAAUUUUCCUUGUCAAUGGAGAUUUUGCAGAUUUACAGGACAACUCCUUACAUGUUGCAGCUAAAAUGACUCUGCAGGAGGGGCAAAAGCUGGGAGGACUGAUCUGAAGCUUUUUGGAUCUCAAUAUCACCUGGUUUUGCAGCUCCAGGUGAUCUCAUUUUCUACCCAACCUAUAUUUGAACCUGCAUUGCACUGCUUCAGGGAGCUUUUAAAAUCUUCCCAGUUUGCUCUGUUGUCUUCAGAAGAAGCAUCGCUCGAGGAAAAGGGUGGCUGCUUUUUCUGUAAAUGUGUGUCCCAGCGUUCGGUACUGGACUGUCACCCUCAAGUCUCCUCCUGCACCUACUGAGAGCUCCUGGAAGCCCCCUGCUGUGCCACUGGGAUGGUUUGACAUCCAGCCAGCAGUUGGCUACCCCACAUCUGGGUCAAGAUGCCAGUGAUGAAGGGCCUCCUGGCCCCUCAAAAUACCUUUCUGGACACCAUUGCUACCCGCUUCGAUGGCACCCACAGUAACUUCCUGUUGGGUAACGCCCAGGGCCACCGUGGCUACCCCAUCGUCUACUGCUCGGAUGGUUUCUGUGAGCUGACCGGCUUCACCAGAACUGAAGUGAUGCAGAAGAACUGCAGCUGUCGCUUCCUGUACGGGGCCGACACCAGCGAGCACAUUGCCCAGCAGAUGGAGAAGGCUCUGGAGGGCCGAGAGGAGUACCAGGCCGAGGUGCACUUCUACAAGAAAAAUGGUAUGGCCUUCUGGUGUCUGUUAGACAUUGUGCCAAUAAAGAAUGAAAAGGGAGAAAUGGUACUCUUCCUCUUCUCGUUCAAGGACAUCACUGACACCCAUGGAAAGGGACACCACAACAGCAAAAAAGACGGUUCAGAGGACAAGAGGCGCAGGAGGAAGAGCAGCACUCACUUCAGCGAAGCUAGGAAGCGAGGACGCACCAUGUUGUACCAUCUGACCAGACAGUUCUCGCAAGGAGGAAAAGGAGACGUCAACCUGGGCGGCCGCAUGAUGGACAAGCCUUCAAUACCAGAGUACAAAGUGGCAGCAGUGCAGAAGUCACGCUUCAUCCUGCUCCACUACAGUGUGUCCAAAGCCCUGUGGGACUGGCUCAUCCUGCUGGCCACCCUCUAUGUGGCUGUCACUGUGCCCUACGACGUCAGCUUCAUGGCGUAUGAAGACACACACUCAGAUGCACGCUCAACCGUUGUCAGUGACAUAGUUGUGGAGAUGCUCUUCAUUAUCGAUAUGAUCCUGAACUUCCGCACCACCUAUGUCAGCCAGUCUGGGCAGGUGGUGUAUGAGUCACGCUCCAUUUGCAUUCACUAUGCCACCACCUGGUUCUUUGUGGACCUGGUGGCUGCGCUGCCCUUUGACCUGCUGUAUGCCUUCAACAUCACAGUGACCUCUUUGGUCCAUCUGCUGAAGACCGUACGCCUGCUGCGCCUGCUCCGUCUCCUUCAGAAGCUGGAUCGCUACUCUCAGUACAGUGCCAUGGUGCUGACCUUACUAAUGUCUGUGUUUGCCCUGCUGGCACACUGGAUGGCCUGCAUCUGGUACAUGAUUGGGCGCAUGGAGAUAGAGACCACUGACACCUGGGAAAUCAGUUGGCUCCAUGAGCUCGGCAAACGUUUGGAUACGCCCUACAUCAACAACACAGUGGGCGGCCCGACUGUGCGCAGCUCCUACAUCGCUGCCCUUUACUUCACUCUAAGCAGCCUGACCAGUGUUGGCUUUGGCAACGUGUGCGCCAACACCGAUGCUGAGAAGAUUUUCUCCAUCUGCACCAUGCUCGUCGGCGCACUGAUGCACGCGCUGGUCUUUGGCAACGUGACGGCCAUCAUCCAGCGCAUGUACUCGAGGCGCUCUCUCUACCACACUCGCAUGAAGGACCUGAAGGACUUCAUCCGUGUCCACGGUCUGCCCCAGCAGCUCAAACAACGCAUGCUGGAGUACUUCCAGACCACAUGGUCUGUCAACAAUGGAAUAGAUGUAAACGAGCUCCUACAUGACUUCCCUGAUGAGCUGCGGGCCGACAUCGCCAUGCAUCUGAAUAAGGACAUCCUCCAGCUGCCUGUCUUUAAGGGGGCCAGUCGUGGCUGUCUGCGCUCGCUCUCCCUCCAUAUAAAAACCUCAUUCUGCAUCCCUGGGGAGUACCUCAUCCGUCAGGGUGACGCGCUGCAUGCCAGCUACUUUGUCUGCUCUGGGUCUCUGGAGGUGCUGAAAGACAACAUGGUGCUCGCAAUAUUAGGAAAAGGAGACUUGAUUGGCUCUGACCUGCCUGGAGCAGAGCAGGUGAUCAAAACCAAUGCUGAUGUGAAGGCUCUAACAUACUGCGACCUCCAGUAUAUCAGUGUGCAUGGCCUCAAAGAGGUGCUGGCACUGUACCCUGAGUAUGGCAGUGUGUUUGCCUCUGACAUCCACAACAACCUCACCUACAACCUGCGUGAGGGCAGCCAGGAUGAGGGUCUCAGCAGGUUUUCAAGGUCACCCAGGCUUUCCCAUGUGAGAUCCAGACUCCCCUCCAUCAUUGAAACAAAGGGGGUUGACCCUGAUGACUCCUUCCACCUCUCUCCAGCCACCCGCUCCCGUCGAAACCUCCUGCUGCCCAACUUCAGCAGCCCCGUCCGCCGCACCUCUCUGGGAAACCUCCUUGGGGACGAGCUGAGGCAGUUCAAUGCGCUGCGAGGCUGCCGUCCACCAAACCUCAGCCGCGGCUUCCAUGGGCAGAGCGUAUCUCCUCAGCCCCCAUCGAAGAAAGAGCACAGCCACCCCACAGCUGCUUCAGCUUCAAGUUCAGCCCAGGUAGAGUCCGGGGCUGAGCAGAAGCCUUCGCAGCUGCUGAUACCAACUGUCACCUGCUUUGCCCCCCAAGAUCUGAGCCCCAGGGUGGUAGACGGCAUUGAAGACAAUGGGCACACGUUCCAUUUCAACGUCGAGCACAGCCGGCCCAGAGCCAGCACAGGAGGCAGUGCCCAAGACACGGCUCAGGCUAAUGCCACUCUGCUGCAGGAGACAGAGGAGGUCAAACAAAGCAUCGGUCAACUCAACUACAAGAUGGGCACCUUACACAAGGAAGUAUCAGAUCUUAGGAAAGACCUGCACUACAUUAUCCACCUCCUGCAGGUCCAUGUGUCUCAGCAGCACUACACCAGCUCCCAGCCUUCAAACUUGUGCGGUGUAGCCCCCAACACCAGCAUACCCUUAAACCUAGCUCCAACCUACCACUACCACAGCAAUCCUGGGAGACAUGACGGCCACCAAAGCAGCCCUGCUGCUGGAUACUGUAGCUACAGUUCAGCAGGUGAAACAGAGACCAAACACAGACCCCAAUCCUCAAGUCCACCUGCUCCAGCCCUCUCUGUAAACUCUGCAUCCAGGUGCCCAUGUCAAGGCUCUGAAAACACAAACCUGUGGACCGGCCCAUCUCUUCUUAGCGUCAGCCCAGGCUUUCAGAGUGGAAGUCAAUGCCUGGCACCUCAUGAAGACUCUGAAAACAGACCUCUCUGUGCGAGCCCUAGCAGCAUCAGCCAGUCCCAACCCACUCUGUGCCUGCAGCCUCCCAGUGAGAGCAAUGAAUUCUCUUGCCUUUUGUCCAGUGCAUCUACAGGUGCUUCCACACACAGCCUUCUGGACUCGUCACCCAGUUCUUACCCCAACCUCUGCCUGCCCUCAGAGUCACAUCCGAAUAAUCUUAUCCAGGAUACCUCUAUCUUUCAAACUGAGGACUCAAACCCUUCAAUCCAUUCUGCGUCUGUCUCUCCACAAAUAUUGCCAGGCCAAUCUCUCAGAUCCUCCCUCGAUUCAGGAUCACCUCUGGGUGACCCGUCUGCCAUAGAACACACCAGUCUGGAGUGCCUACUGGGAAACGGGGGGUCUACGGAGAGCAGAGACAGUGGAAGUGCGUCUUCUAGAAGGUCCAGCAUCGGCGUGCAGACUCAGAGCACAGAGCAGUCAUGGUGUCUGGACCUCACAGAUUAAACACGUUUCGGGGGGCAGACUCACUGAUAUCACUGCAGCUGGAUGAAAAACUCAAGUCACUUAAAAUGCAACUUCUUCAAGUGUUUUUUUUUUUAAAAACCUCUGUGUGCUGUAUUUCCUUCUUUUAAUCUGGGCUCUCAUGUUGUUCAAACACUGUUUCUAUGCAAAAGCAUGUCAUUGUGCAUUGUCUAAGCUUUACUGAAGUGUGUCUUCAAGAGAAAAAGAGAAAGUUCCACAGCAGUGAGUUCCAGUCUAUUCUGUAUAUUUUUUCCAAAACCCUUAAAGCAUUUUGCAGUUGAUACUACUUGUUACCUCCUUGCAUGGUAAAGUUGUUUAUUCUUUUUCCUAAGGAAAAGGUUUCAAAAUCAAUGUGUAAGCAUUCUACAUGAGAACCUGUUGAUUGUGUACACAGAUGCUGUAUGUAGACAGGUGAUGUUGGAUGUUUAAGAUACAUAAGAAACCAAGGGGAAGAAAUGACAUGUGUGCAUCACUUAGCAUUGAUUGGUUUUUUUUUGUAUUGAGUGUUUUUUUCUGUUCUGGUUAUUUUUUAUGGGUUAGCCCUUUGAUUAGCUGAAAUUCUAACUAAACUAAGCAGUAUAUAAUUUAUGAUCUUGAAGAAAAUCUCCAGUUUGACUCAAUUCUCAUGAUCCUGCAGGACAUUUAAAAAAAUGUGUUUCUUUCUUCACUAAAGCAUUCAAGUUUGCACUUGGAAAAAGAUUUAAUUUCUCACUCCCCCCCAAAAAAAGAAACCCUUCUCUUUCAAGGAUCUACAAUUCUAUGAACACACAUAUAUGCUGCUAAUGAAUACAAAUAAAUAAAUAUAAACUUUAAGAUGAAAAGCGAUUUAGUACAGUCAUUAAAUUACAAAGUGUGAAUGCCUCCUGUGAAAGCAUACUGUCAUUAAACUCAUAUUAUUAAGUAAGUAUUAAGGAACUUUGUUCUAUUUGAAUGAUUUCUACUUGGCUGACUCAAUAAAGUAUGCAGAAAACUA